CUCCUUGGAAAUGAGAGGACCAAGUCGGAGCAGGUGUCCCGUCCCUGCUUAAUUCCCAUAGCUUGUUAUUAAAGACUUGCCUUUCCAGCCCUGCCCUGGGAGCCCAGUGAUAGCGGGUAGGAUCCUGCAGGGGACUGGCCCCAUUCACGUAUGGGAAAAGGGCAAGUAACACUGCAAAUGCAGUGUGCCGGGCAGCGAUGCCCACCAUGCUGCUCCGGGCAGGCUGCCUCCAACUGGAAGCAGAGGGUUCAGAGGUGCCCGUGCCCUGCAGCCCUGCACAUCGGGGCAUGCUGCUGCUUGGACGAGUCUCUCUGGGGUGUAGACGUGCCUUCAGGUGCAGGCACCCCGCUUCACGUUAUGGCCCUAAUUCUGGAGAGAGCUUUUGCACAUGCUUUAUUCAGAGUACUUGCCUGUGUGCUUUGCUGAAUUAAACCCAAUAAUAUCGAUCAGAGCCCCUGACUGCCUCAGACAUUCCUUUUCAGCUGCUUUUCCAGUGCCAUCUCUACCCAGAGGACAGUUCUGUAAUCCAGUGGACAAAAACAGGGCAUAUUUCAGGUUUUUGAAAAGUUUUUGAGCAUUUCCCCCCAUGAAAUUAUAGGGAGUUAUGAACUUCUGAGCUGCGUUCCCACCAGAAACAUCCCAGAUGACUAUAUUGUAGGCAGAGACGGUGGAGCACUGCUUCCAUCGUAAGUGGGGCACUCACCCAAAGGCAGGCCCCACUCCAGCCAGAAACUGAAACGCUUCAAUUGCCUGUUGACAGCAAGAAGCACCAAUAUUUUACCUUGUGACCCUCAACAGAGAGUCUAGAAAUGGGUCAGACUGGAUCACAGGCAUAAAUUCUUGCUUGGCGUCCACCGAUUUUCAAUGGCAGUUGGUCACCUGCCUGUCCUUUCAGCCUUUGAGAAUCUCCGUCUAGCCUCUUGACCUUAUGGUUGCAGAGGUGAUCUUAAAAACAUGACCACAAUGUAAAAUAAUGCAAUGUAAAUAAGUGCCUGAGUGCGCAGGCAGCCUGGAACAACAAAUCAUUGGUACAUUUUACAUCAGUGAACAAUAUUUUCAACCCGAUGCCAUAGUCCUGCAUGUGUAGGGGAGCAAAAUGGGAAUGAAAGGUAUUUCACAAUGAUAGACUCUAUUCACACUGCUUGGGAAUUUGGUCCUAGCAUGCCACAGAGCAAAUGGGGCCUGGUAUACAGGCAACUCAAGGUUUUGGGAAUGGAUUAUAAACUACUAGGCCAUUAGCUCAUCCAGUCUGGGCUCCCGUGUACCCAGGCCCAUAAACCCUACCCACUCCACCUCACUGAGCCCAAUCCCUUCUGCGUGGCUAAAACACAUCCUCCAGGAAAGCAUCAAGCCUUGAUCUGGUGACCUCAAGGAAUGGAGAAACCACCACUCUUCAGCAGUCCACCCCAAGGGUUAAUGAUUCUCACGGGUAGGAAUGUAAUGUCUCAUUUGGAGUUGCCUAGCUUCAGAUUUUGCCCUUUGGUUCUUGUUAUGCCCAUCCAGAUUAUAAACUGUACUCAAUACUAAAUUAACGAGCUCUUCAGUACCUGCCAUUUGAUACCUGGGAAGUACUUAUUCAAUACAAUACAAUCACCUCUCUGUCUUCCUUCUGCUGAACUACUCACAGUGAUCUCUUUAAGCCUCUCGCUGUAAGGCAUUUAGGCAGUCUUCAAAUGAUUGUUGGGGUUAUUUUCUGCACCUCUGCGAUGAUAGAUUCUGGAUGCCUGAGUCUGGUACCCGACCUGACACAUCUAGAACAUGCAUCCCCCCCCAGUUAUAAGCUGCUUUCGAAAACCUUGGUUGAAGAACUUAGUCUUUGUUGUCUGCUGCUCCAAGCAAGCACUUGCUGGAAUAGCUGGUGUACGGAUAAUCUCGGACAUGAUUCAGAGCUGUCUCCAGAGAACAGGUGGACAGAGACACAGCGUAAGAGUUAAGGGCAGUGAGGAAACAUAAUUUUUGAACCCUCAGCACUUGAUUUACUUUUUGUGUUUACCCGCUGCGUUCCAGUCAUGUUUUAGUCCGUAUGAUCCGAGUUCCAUUGAUACUGAUUUGCAGCCUGACUUUAUUGCUUAAAUAUUUCACCAGCAAACACCCUGCCACUCCAAUCCAGGCUGUGACCCACGUCUCUGGUGUUCCCUAUGUACACUGCGGGAGCACAGAGAGGUGCAUUGUUCAAGGCCCCACACGAAUGCAUACAAAUAAUACUCCCUGCCAUCCAGAAAGUGCCCUGGGGGCAAUGUUCAUGACACACAGAGGCCUAGAGGAAAGAAGCCAUAAGAGCAAUCCAUUUUUGUUUGCUCAAGUGAAGUGGCAAAAAAACCCAAUCACGACAGAAACCAAAAGAGCCCAACGGAGAGGUGUGCGGCGGUAACUGGAACUUCCCACUGUAAGGUCACUGGUCUGAACUCAGCCAAACUGGCAGUGACUGGGAGAGGUUAUUUCCAUCGGAGGGGUCUUUGGUCCCUCCGUGGAACCACUGGGUGUGUUGCAGCUGGUCCCUCCAUCACACUGGGCAUGGCUGGCAGCAGCUACAAGGAUUUCUUAGGCCGUCAAGAGAGAGACUGAACGCUUCUGUCCUCCGGGAGUCUAAACAUGGCCCUCGCCAGCCUAGACUGGGAACGGUGGGAGCCAUGGGAGAGAAGCUCCUUCUCUGCGGUGGCCAAGCAGUGCCUCUUGGGGCUGGCGUGGCUAGCUCCCACCUUCCACUGCAGGGAUGUCAGUAAGCAGGAAAUACAACAGAGUCUCUUAGCUCCAAAAUAAGCAGGGGGAUUUCCUUCAGGCAUUAACCUGUCCAGCUGAGAGUUACCAAGAGGCCCUGACAUGAACUGUUGAGUCUACAAGAGCAAGCAUAAUGACAAAGGCCUUCCUGCAAGUCAAAAGGAAGGAAACAUUGACCUGAAAAACACAAAUCACCACCACUAUGCAUACGCACGGCUGCAGUCACGAGCUGAGCUCUUCGGAAGCGGACCGCUGGGCCUUCAAAACGUCGUCCUCCUUGGGCUUUGAGGGAAGUGUAAGGAGCUAUUUUCCAAAGCAGCAGUAAGCCCCUACCCCCUCGAGAAACAACAGCACGUGAACCUGGGGGUCAUCUUUUCUAAGAGAAGGCAUGAGUCUUUGGAUAAUGUUGUAGAUGGCCAAAGGCUUGGCUGACGAGCCACUGCCAUUCUUAGACAACGAAGCAUAAAUGUGCUAGCUUUGCACAACUGAUAUGAUUCAGGGUAAAGGGCAAAACAAUUUUCCUAGGUAAUUCUGAAACUAGAUACCUUGACUAAAAGGCUCAAGGCCCUUUGCAUAGCUAGCAAAGCAGUAUAGGGAUUUGGCUAGCUGCUCAACGACUGUACGAAGAGCCUCGUCUCGAUAAGCAUAACGAAAGCGGCUAGCCAAGCACCAUCACAGAUCGAUCAGCCAAAGCGACUAGGACUUGAAACCGAGCUGCGAUGGUAGUUUGCCAGGGAGCCUGUUUCAAGUCUGUGGCGAGUGGAAGAAAAAAGCAAACAAAAAUAAAAGACAUAUAAUGAUUUACAACGCAAGGAAUCUGGGCUGUGCCACAAGCCACAGAGUUCACCCAGGCUCUGGUUUAAAAUAUGCAGAGAGAAAAGUGAACCAGAGGGGCCUUGACUGCAUCAAUAACUAACUCAACGGUUCAAUCAUUUGGAGAUGAGAAACUCAGGAAGAAGUUGCUGCCAUCAGCAAGAUAAAAGAGUUGUUCAGAAACUGCCUGCUUCUUAUCUCAGCAGGGUUCAAAGUCACUGCCGGGGCCCGUUGUCCUUGUGCAAGUUUCUGGCCUUUCCCCGUCAAAGGGUCCCCCACAAAGCCACCACACUUUGGCCUCUCUCCUUCUCCCCUGAAAGGAGGCACGAUGCGGCUACGUCAUCAUCCUGAUGGCCCUGUUCUGGUGCACAGAAGCGUUGCCGCUGGCUAUCACGGCCCUCUUCCCCGUCUUGCUGUUCCCGUUAAUGGACAUCAUGGAUUCGACCCAAGUCUGCAUGGAGUAUCUGAAGGACACCAACAUGCUCUUCAUCGGGGGGCUGAUGGUGGCGAUCGCGGUGGAGCACUGGAAUCUGCACAAGCGCAUCGCCCUGCGGGUCUUGCUGAUCAUCGGGGUUAGGCCUGCCCUGCUGCUCAUGGGCUUCAUGAUUGUCACUGCCUUCCUCUCCAUGUGGAUCAGCAACACAGCCACCACAGCCAUGAUGGUGCCCAUCGCACAAGCGGUACUGGAGCAGCUGCACAAGUCAGAAGUGGAGGCAGGCCCAAUUCAGCACACGUCUGAGAGCAUCAAUAAAGCCUUUGAGCUGCAGGAGGGGUCAGAAAAGUCAGAGGCCUCCAAAGAGAAACAAGGUAACGGGCACGUGCUGGCAGUGGAGGACGAUCAGCGGCUGCGAGAGGAGGAGGAGCGGCUGCGAGAGGAGAAGCACCUGAAAAACUGCAAGGGAAUGUCCCUCUCCGUUUGUUACGCAUCCAGCAUUGGCGGGAUUGCAACCCUGACGGGGACCACCCCCAACCUGGUGAUGAAAGGACAGGUGGACGAGCUCUUCCCUGAAAACGGCAACGUCGUGAACUUCGCCUCCUGGUUCACCUUCGCUUUCCCGACCAUGCUCCUGCUGCUGCUUCUCUCUUGGAUUUGGCUCCAGGUGCUCUUCCUGGGGUUUAACUUUGCAAAGAAUUUUGGUUGCACCUCAAACGCCUCUGAGAAGACAAAGCAGCGAAUGGCUUACACCGUGAUCAAGGAGGAGCACAAGAACUUGGGCUCCAUGAAAUUCGCCGAAAUCGCCAUCUUGUUCCUCUUCGUAGCACUGGUGCUGCUCUGGUUUACCAGAGACCCUGGUUUCAUGACAGGCUGGGCGACUUAUACCUUCACCAAGGAUGGCAAAAGUUAUGUCACGGAUGCAACAGUGGUCAUCUUCAUUUCGCUUUUGAUGUUCAUAAUCCCUUCGGAGGUUCCCAGCUGCUUCUCUCGUGCUAAUGCUGGGCACGCCGAAGAAAACGGUAGCCCACAGCAGGUCCGAGUGCCUCCGCCUCUCCUGCAGUGGAAGACCAUCAAUGAGAAGAUGGCCUGGAACAUCGUGAUUCUGCUAGGAGGCGGCUUUGCUCUGGCCAAAGGCAGCGAGGAGUCUGGUUUGUCUCUGUGGUUGGGAAACCAGCUGACCCCUUUGCAGAACAUCCCGCCCGCAGCCAUUGCUUUGCUGUUGUGCCUCCUGGUUGCCACUUUCACUGAAUGCACCAGUAACGUGGCUACCACCACCCUGUUCCUUCCUAUUCUGGCGUCAAUGGCUCAAGCCAUCUGCCUCCAUCCUCUCUACGUUAUGCUGCCCUGCACGCUGUCCUCGUCCCUCGCGUUCAUGCUGCCGGUGGCUACCCCGCCCAACGCCAUCGUCUUCUCCUACGGCCAGCUCAAGGUUCUGGACAUGGCCAAGGCUGGAUUCAUGCUCAACAUACUGGGGGUUCUCACCAUCACCCUGUCCAUCAACACCUGGGGCUACUCCCUCUUCCAGCUCCACACCUUCCCGGCCUGGGCAAACAGCACAUCAGCGACUUGCCUCUAACACGGAGAAACAGGGCAACCAACAGCUGCCGGGGAGGCCACCCCCAUCUACGUAAGGUUUGCCGAGCCGGUAGAAAAAUGAGACAGGCCACAUCUGUGGAAGCAGACACGUCAUUUAGAAGCAAACUCACUCAAACAAGAACUGCCACGGAGUCACCUGACUGUUCUGCAGCACGCAGGGGAAGGGUUACACCGGCCGUGAGAUGUAGCCCGGCACCAUGCAACCCCUGCGCUCCUCUCUAGAGACCCAAUGGGAAAUGCCCUCCUCCCCUCUCCUCCCCCAGCCCAUCUAUCUGCUCUCGACUUCACCUGCAAAAUCCAGCACUGAGUAAGCAAAGAAAGAGGAGCAAGUGCGACAGGAUUGUUUGUGCAAGAGAGAGGAAUGGUACCUGGUGUGUGUGUAUAUGUGUGUGUGUGUGUGUGUGUGCGUGCACAUGCAAGCACAUGCCCUUGAGAUGAACUGUACGGCCCCGUGUGUGCACACAGCUCCAUGCGCGCCUGGGCGUGCGUGUGCGCUCUACCAGCUGGCGUGCUAAAAGCGUGUCGUUCAGCGAUUAGGGACGGAUCAGAGCUCUGGCCAGCCCCCGCUGUUGCUUUGUAAUUUAUUUAUUGACCGUUCUGUAGCUGAGGUUCGGAGCAGCUUCUAGGAGCAGGUGGCUGGUUUCAGUCCUCCGGCCGGCGAUAGGCGUCUUGAGCUCUCCAGGCCACAGCUGGAAUAGUCGUGUUCUCCUGAGAGUGGGGAAAGUCUUCUUUCCUCAAUGUCAGUUGAAUUAAAGGACUUUUGUGCAAUG